GCUUGAUGUACUGAUUUCAAUUGAAAAAGUAUCCGGUCAAUAAAGAUGCCUCAUGCCGAUUCGUCCUACUUCGAACCGGGGCUUUCGAAGGCGGAGGUCUAUGCUCAGGUUCUCCAGCAAGCGCAAGGCCUGACUGAGGGACAGCGGAACUGGGUGAGCAACCUUGCAAGUGUCUCUUCCCUCCUCUGGCACGCCUAUGCAAGUCUCCCCGCUCCCUCCAAUGCCGUGAAUUGGGCUGGUUUCUACGUCCGGAAAGAUAAGUCGCCAUCAUCGGGAGUUUCCACCGCAAGCGAUGCGAAGAAUAUUCUUCUCCUUGGCCCGUUCCACGGUAAACCGGCGUGUCAGUUGAUACCAUUCGGACGCGGGGUCUGCGGUACCGCAGCGUCGAAACGGGAGACGGUGAUUGUCUCCGAUGUAUUGGAGUGGGAGGGACACAUCGCGUGCGAUGCGGAUAGCAGGAGUGAAAUUGUUGUGCCUAUAGUCGUCGAUGGAGAAACGCUGGCUUUGAUAGAUAUAGAUUGCACGCAACCAUCUGGCUUCGACGAGAUAGAUAAGAAAGGUCUGGAGCAUUUAGCGAAAUUGCUGGCAGAAAACUGCGACUGGUGAAUGAUGGUAAUGCGAUUGGUGACAUAGAAUAUAAGCCUGCUUGUCACAUUGAUGGUGUGCCACAUUGUUAAUAUUCUGGUGAUUGUUUCAGACUCAGGACAGAGAGGAAACUAUCUCCUCAAAUGCAAUCUCAGCAAGUCAACACAGGUACAGUACACCUUGCUUUGCCAAGAACCUAGUUAGACUAAAUUACCAUGGCUCCACCUAACAUAAUUCAUCCCCGAGCGAGACACCAAAAUAUACUCUGUACAUACAAAUUUAAACUUUUUGCUCUCUUAU